AGCGCCUUCCCUCCGCUUCCCGUGGGUCGGCCUGGAGAGCGGGGUUCCACGGUGAGUUCUGAGCCUUCACCUCCUCGGAGACCCUUGUGGAGGAUGACUCGGGAGGAGGCUGGGAGGCUGCCCCAAGUACUGGCCCGGGUCGGGGCCUCCCACGGUAUCACCGACGUGACCUGCAAGCUCCGCUUCUAUGACGACUGGGCUUCGGAGUAUGACCAGGAUGUGGCUGCUUUGAAGUACCGAGCCCCGCGCCUUGCUGUGGAUUGUCUCAGUCGAGCCCUUCGGGGCCCACCGCGUGAUGCUCUGAUCUUGGAUGUGGCCUGUGGCACUGGCCUGGUAGCUGUGGAGCUGCAGGCUCGGGGCUUCCUCCAGGUGCAGGGGGUGGAUGGAAGCCCAGAAAUGCUGAAGCAGGCCGAGGCACGCGGCCUGUACCGCCACCUUAGCCUCUGUGCCCUGGGCCAGGAGCCGCUGCCCAACCCUGAAGGGACCUUUGACGCGGUGAUCAUUGUGGGCGCCCUCAGUGAGGGGCAGGUGCCCUGCAGUGCCAUACCUGAGCUCCUAAGAGUCACCAAGCCAGGUGGACUCGUUUGUCUGACUACCCGGACCAACGCAUCCAACCUUCCCUACAAGGAGGCGCUGGAAGCGACCUUCGACUCCCUGGAGCAGGCUGGAGCGUGGGAACGCCUGGUGACCCAGCCUGUGGACCGCUGGGAGCUAGCAACUUCAGAACAAGAGACAGGGAUGGACACUCGUGCCAACGAUGGCUUCAUCUCUGGCAUCGUCUACCUUUACCGAAAGCAGGAGACAGCACGGGGUGGGGGUGGGGCUCAGGAUCCAACCCUUAGUUGACCACUGAUCCUCUAUGUCUGCUCUUAGCCCAAUGUGUUUUCUUGGCCUUCCCUGCUCUGUCUGUAAAAUGGGUCCAUCUUCCCAGCUACGCCCAUUAGGAGUCGUCUACUAGGGACUCCUCUAGUUUCUUUUGAGUCAGAAUUCAAGGCCACAGGGCUGGAGCAAUCAUUAACAGUGCUUGUUCCUCAAAGCGUGAGAAACUGAACUGCGGUCUUCAGCAUCCACAUAAAAAUCACGAGUUACCAGAGGCUGCAGAGAGGGCCCAGCGGUUAAGAGCACUGACUGCUCUCCCGAAGGUCCUGAGUUCAAAUCCCAGCAACCACAUGGUGGCUCACAACCAUCUGUUAUGGGAUAUGACACCCUCUUCUGGUGUGUUUGAAGACAGUUACAGUGUACUUACAUAUAAUAAAUAAAUCUUUUUGUUUGUUUG